UUGGGGCAAAUAGUUUUUUGAGUGUAUACAUAUUACACAAUAAUAAUUUUUAUAUUUUAGGAAACUCUUAUCCGUCUCAAUUUGACGCAAUUUCGCCCCAUAAUAAGUGUAUAUUUACAAAAAUAUUUGUCCAGUCUUAAUAACUUUUGGAAAAAUUUCAGAUUACCUCUUUGAGAGGAUAUUGAAGGAGCUGGACAUGAGUCGACACAGGGAAGACCAAAUUUUAAAAGAAUUGGAGGAAAGUAGGCGCAGGGAGGAAGGUACCCAAAGGCUGCUGAAAACGCUUACGGAGGAGGUUUUUAUGCUCCGUGGCGAAGUUAGACAACUUAAGUCCUUACCGGUUCCGGAGCCUGUGGCCUAUAAUCUUCAAAUGCUGCCCUUCGAAACCCUGCCCGAUUUCCAAGAUUUCGACCAAAAACUUUUGAAUGAGGAUGAAACGCGGAGAGAACUGAAAUCAAAGCUAAAAAUGGUUGGAGGAAAUGAUGUUCCCACAUUUACAAGGCUGGCUAUCAAAGCAGUUAUAUCGGAAAAGCUGGCUGUGGACAUAACGUGGCGGGGAACUGUGGAGAAACCCAGCAUCCAAAUGUUCUCAACAUAUGCGAUUAUUAAAGAAAUGGCUAUUAGUAAAUUUCCAACGUCAACGGAGUUGGACAUAAAUAAAGUUAUUCAGCAGCAUUUCCUACAUGCCAGAGACCGUAUUUAUAAGCGUCAAAAGCCCUUAUAA